ACAGUGGCCUGGUCCUGGGGGCUGUUGUGGGGAGUUGAAGAACACCCUGGCCUCCUCCAUCAUGUUGGCCAAGAGGGCAGAAUUGAAGAAAACACAUCUGCAGGGAGAGGGCUGCCUGCCAAAUAGGGGGACACACGCCCAUAGGAAGAGGACAGCACGACAAGAUAGCAAGAACUACAAGGCAGUUUGCCUAGAAUCGAAGCCAGAGCCGACCAAAGUAAGAAGCUCUUUUGAGGCCAUGCCAGCAGUCAGGCCUGAGAUCCGUGGGGAAGCAACCUGGAGUCAGGGGUCAUUUGCUGAUCCUAGUGGCCAAGAUUUGUCCCAGACAUUUGAUUACAAAGCAGUUAAACAAGAAGGGCGGUUUACCAAAGCAGGAGUGACACAGGACCUAAAGAAUGAACUCAGGGAAGUGAGAGAAGAGCUCAAGGAGAAAAUGGAGGAGAUAAAACAGAUAAAGGAGCUAAUGGACAAGGAUUUUGAUAAACUUCACGAAUUUGUGAAAAUUAUGAAGGAAAUGCAGAAAGAUAUGGAUGAGAAGAUGGACAUUUUAAUAAAUACACAGAAGAACUAUAAGCUUCCCCUUAGAAGAGCACCAAAGGAGCAGCAGGAACUCAGGCUGAUGGGAAAGACUCACGGAGAACCACAGCUCAGGCCCAAGCAAAUGGAUGGAGCCGGUGGAGCCGAUGGAGCACCCUGUGCUCUUCACAAGAAGACGAUGACACCACAAAAAACAAAACAGGGCUCACUGGAUCCCCUUCAUCAGUGCGGGACCUGCUGCGAGAAAUGUUUGUUGUGUGCUCUAAAGAACAACUACAAUCACGGGUUUCCUCUUCCUCCCUCCACCCCCAAAGGGAACAUUCCUUCAGAGCCCUCAGGCCUUUACAAAGGUGGAGAGGAGCCAGUGACCACCCAACCUUCUGUGGGCCACGCUGUGCCCGCCUCAAAGUCCCAGACUGAGGGAAGGUGAAACUUAACUGCCAGCUUGAAAUGAGAGUAAAGAAGACACAGAGCAAACAGUGUUGCAGAAAUUGUCCUGCCCUGGGUGUGAUCCUUUGGCUUCAAUUUGAAGGAGGAGGAAUGAUGGGAUCUCAUAUUUUAUUUCACACCAGUUCCUCCUUGUUUCAUCUCUUUGCUAAGCUGGCUGCUUCUACCAUCUAAUAAAUA